AUUUCUCUGAGAUGCACAGAAAAUAGAUCUCUGCAAAAACAGAGAAACAGCUUAAUAAAAUUACCUCAAAAGGAGAAGAAACAACAAAGUCCUCUGGACAGAAUGGGCCUCGUACAUUCUAAAAAGCUUAAACAAGCCCACAUUCUAAUGCUAGGGCUUGAUUUGGCAGGGAAAUCCUCUAUCUUGUACAAGCUCAAAUUUAAUGAUUUCUUCGUAACAUCACCGACAAUAGGUUUCAAUGUGGAGAUGAUUGAGGCCGGAGCAAACAUUGCUUUAACAAUUUGGGAUGUUGGAGGCCAACACAAAAUGAGAACUGUUUGGGAGAACUAUCUGGAAAAUAUAGAUACCCUGGUAUAUGUUGUGGAUAGUACUGACAAGCAGCGCUUGGAAGAAGCCAAGAGAGGGCUGGAGCUUAUUUUGAGGAAUGACCAGGUUAAAAAUGUGCCUGUAGUUGUACUGGCAAACAAGCAGGAUCUUCCUGGAGCUGUGGGGGCUGAGGAAAUCACCAAGAGGCUCAACGUGAAGAAGCUCUGUCAUGACCGAAACUGGUACGUACAGCCUUGUUGUGCACUAACGGGGGAUGGCCUUUCAGAAGGAUUCCAGAAAGUGGCAUCAUUUGCAAAAUCCUGCAUGAAAUCUAAACAAGAAGCUUUUGCUAUUUUCAAGCAAGAUUAACAUGAUCAGAUCUGGUCAAGGCAGAAAACUAUGAGUAUUCU